CAGACGUGUGGGAUCCGCCGGUUGCUGAGAGGACGACCAUGGCUACCACAAUGUGCCAGUGCCUGGGCUUUACCGUUGCUUCUCUUGGCUUUGUCGGCACCAUCGUGGCCACUGCCCUGAACAUGUGGAGCACUCAGGAUUUGGGCCAGGAUCUGGUGACAUCGGUUUACAACUACAUGGGACUGUGGAAAACCUGCGUACAGCAGACGUCAGGCUUCACAGAAUGUCGCCCCUUCUUUACCGUUCUCGGGCUUCCAGCCACAUUCCAAGCUAUCCGGGCUCUGAUGAUUGUCUCCAUCGUUCUCUCGUUGAUCGGCUCUAUGGUCUCCAUCCUGGCACUCAAGUGUAUUCGACUGGGAACCAUGGAAGAUACUGCCAAGGCCAACCUCACACUCACCUCUGGAAUCCUGUUCAUUGUUGCAGGAGUCUGCUGCGUAGCUGGUGUAUCAAUCUACGCAAAUAUGUUGGUGACUAACUUCUGGAUGAGUAACACAUCAAUGCUCGGGUCUCAGGGACCAGCUAGGCAGAGGUAUACGUUUGGUUCUGCCUUGUUUGUGGGUUGGGUAUCUGGAGGUUUGCUCCUAGUCGGUGGGAUCGUGAUGUGCAUUGCCUGUAGAGGAAUGGUACCUGAAGACACUCGGUGAGUAAAUGAGCAACCGGAGGGAAA